AUAAUCAUAAUCAAUUAUAAUAAAUAUGUAUAUAUUCAUUUAUAUAAUAUAUAUAAAAAUUAUUUUUAAUAAUUGGUAAUAAUGAAUGAUAAUUAUUUAUUUACAAAACGGAAGUAUUAAAAAAAUAAACAAGUUUGCGGUUUCCAGUCCGCGAAUCUAGUCCGGAUUUGAUAAAAUUUUUUCCUUUAUCAUUUCACUCAGUGAUUGACAAGUGCAGUGUUAAAUAAAUAAUUAAAUAAUACAUAAUUAUUUAAAUUUAAAUUACAAAUAACUAAUAAUGGAGGAGAUAACAUUGCAAGUAUCAGACAAUGGAGUUAAGAACGACAAUAAAGAUGAGACGGACAAAGAAGAAAUGGAGGUCAAUAUCGAGACAAAAGAAAGCGUCGUAACAAUGGAUACCAUUGACAAAAGAACCCGUCGUGCUCAAAGACAGGAGCACACUUUUGCUGCCAAGAAAACUGUCGCCCAGGGGAUGAUGGACGUCGCCCUGAUAACUGCGAAUGCCAAUCAGCUGCGAUAUCUCAUCGAGUUCCAGCGCGAAAGUCCCACAUUUUUUCUGAUCGUCUUCCUCAUCGUCUUCAGUCUCCUGCUCCAGAUCGCCGUGGGCAUCAGCCUGAUCUUCAAAGGCCGGUUCGACAUGAAGGGACAGUCAAAAUCACCCCAAGCUCAGAAAAUAAAUAAUUACGUGGUCGUCGGUGUUUUUCUUAUCACUAUUAUAAAUGUUUUCGUCGCGGCCUUCAGUGUUACUUCUCCGGCUUCGACUCAAUUAUCAUCUAAUGUAUCUAAUAAUCAAUAAUCUAAUACACAUUAUUUAUAUUUAUAAUUUUUUAUACAAAUAAAAAAAUAAAUUUGUUUUUAAAACAAAGGUCAUUUUAAAUUUUUAAUUUAAAUUUAUUGUUGUGACCUAAAUUUAGUUGGCAAUAAAAUGAGGAACAAUGUUUUAAAUAAAUAAAAUAAUCAAGGUCAUACUUAAUAUAUAUAUAUUGGAUAAAAAAUGAAUAUAUAUAGAUAUGAAUGUUGGUAUUGAAGCUUCUGCGUCAUCGCAAAAAGCUCUAUCGUCACAGCUUUUGAUAGAGUGCAGGUGCACUGAUUGCCAGAGCAUCAGAGGAAGAAGAAAUAUAAAUAUAUAUGCCUAUACAUAUAUUUAUAUACAACGAAGACUAUGAUAUUGCGCUGAGCGGCUAGUAUGAAACAAAAGGUAAGUGCAGUUUGCAAUUGCCAAAGUCAUACGCACGUUCAGUGGUUAUAUUUAUAAUAAUUUAUAAUAACAAAAUUCAAAAGUUUAUUUAUUUAAAAUUCUUUUCAUAAAUAUGGGAAAAGGCAAAGGAGGCGGUGGAGGUGGUGGUGGAGCUAAAGGUGGAGAUAAUAAGAAAGGCGGCGGAGGGGCGGCAGCAAAAGGAUCUGAGGUAAAGACCGACGCGAAGGGAGGAAAUAAAGGCGGGAAAAAAGGUGGAAAAAAAUGAUUACGGACCCGUUUAUAUUUUUACUUAAAUUAUCAUUAUUUAAAUUAAACUAUCAAGGAACUUCAACAACCAAGUCAAUGCCAUCAUUAUUUAUUAACCCGUCUUAGUCUAUUGGCAGAAGACUUUCUUCAAAUAUUAUUUAUACAAGCUAUUGAAGUCUCUAGAUCUCCUUCAAAUUGAGGUAAAUUGUAACAGGGUCACUCUAUUAUUUCAUGCCACGCCAUUUCACAAAAUUACAGCUAAGGAUUGUUAUAUAAAUACAAUUAUUUGCAAGGGUCAUUCACGCAGGCAUCGAUUUAAAUUUGACCUUGACAUAUACUCAUACAGGAAAUUAUUAACUACUUACUAAAUAAUUAAUUAAUUAAUUGAACCUGUAAUUCCUAUAUGCCUUUAAUAUCACCAUUAAAUUUAUUCAAUUAAAUUUUUUUAUUUUUUCCGUCCAAUUUUUUUUUUUUUUUCAAUAAAAUUACUUCAUAUUUAUAAGAACUAUUUAAAAUUAAUUGAAAAUUAGAAUUAAUUAAAUUUAAAAUAGUAGUUCUAUUGUAAUGAAUAUUCACAACUGACAUAAAAAUACAAUUAUUUAUGAUUAAAAUAUAUAUAUAUUGAAUUACCUGAUGAAUAUUACCGUUCUCGGUAAUACUAGGUCCUACGGCCGUAGCCGCAGUUGUCAUAUUUUUGAAGUAGCGAAGAAUUUUGAUUAUCCAAAACACUUUGAAGCCGUAAAAUAUAUUCGUGUAUCAAAUUAAUAAACAGCAAGUAGUGUUUAUUAAUUUUACAUCAAUCACUGAUUUAAAUAACAAAAAAAAAUGAGUGAUAAAUAAAAAUAUUGUUUAAAUCAUUAAAGUAAUUAAAUAUAUCAAUUGUAAGACUACUGAGUUACUGUCAACUGUGCAAUUGUUUGUCCGUUUAUGAGCAGCUCGUCGUGGAAUCGAUCAUCCCCAGUGACAAUCAGCUAAACUUUUUAUUGGCCAGCUGAACGUGCUGGUAAAUUCAUAUCAAACAAUCUACUUUCUUUAAAUACAUGCAAUAAAAAUACCACCGAGUGUAUUUGUUAAUAUGUAUCAUAAAUGUAUGUCUUGCUUCAUUGUUAUGACACUAUUGUUGCGAAUUACCAUAGCAACCGGGAAAAAUAUCGCUCAUACGCAGACUACUUACAAUGUAAUUACUGUAAAUUAAACCUUAUCAAUUAUUUAAUUAGUAAAUUAUUGACUCUCAGUACAAAUAUUAUUUAUAAUUAAUUUUUAUUUACUCAAAUAUUUUUAAUUAAUUGUCUUAUUUUGUUAUAAAUUUAAUAAAUGUGCGUAUUUAACGCUAAAUAUAAAAUUAAAAAAUGCAAUGUACCUAAGGCGUGUACGUGAUAUUAAAUCACAUCCAAUCGGCUUUUUUUUAUUUUUAUUUUUAUUUAUUAUAAAAUAAGCCUGAUUAUUUUAAUCACAGGUACAAUUUUAAUUUUUUUUUUUUUUUAUUCUUAUUCUUAUUUUUUAUGUAAAAAUUAUAAUUACGCACGAGCAAGACCAAUAUCAACAAUUUAUUUAUAUUUAAUAUUAAUAAGUUGUUUUGUGAAUAAAAAUAAAAUUUAAAAAUUAAUAAUCUGUAGCGUGAAUAAAAAUUUUUAAUACGAGCGCAUGGCUCAUUAAAAUAUUUUUAUUUAUUUAUUAAUAACUAUUAUUUAUUUUAUUAAUUAAUUAAUUAGUUAAUUUAUAUUUAAGAGUGAUGAACAAAUAAAAAUAAUGUGACAAACAAGAGAUGUAAGUCUGAAGGCAAACGAUUAACUGUACAUGUCGCCCAGAAUAAUAAGAUUUUUUUUUCUUUACAAUUAAGAACUAUACUUUUAAUUAUUUUAAAUCCACUAAGGAUCCAUUCUGGGCUGGUCUAUUAAUCUAUUAAUUAUCUUAGUCUCAGCUUAACUGUUAUUUAAGUAAUUAAUUAUACGCGAUAUUUGAUAUAAAUUGGAAUUAUAAAAUUCAAAUUCAAAAUAUUAAUUUAUAAAUUCAAGUCAUUACUUGUUUCCAUUAAAAUCGUUAACUAUACAGAAUUAUGAUACUUUGUUUUUUCAUUUUAAUUUAAUUAUCGCGUAGGACGUCCGUUAGAAUAAAAAAAAAACUGAAUAAUCUUUCAGUGAAAAUUAUUAAAUAAAAUGUUAUUAAUUGGCUUCCAGUGGACUUUGCCAGUAGUGCGCUUGCAUAGAGAGUCGUUGAUUAUUACUUGGUUUUAAUGGAUUAUUACAA